AUGAAACCUGCGCGUAUUCAAUACUUGCAUCAGGGUCGGAUUCUGACACGGUUCCGAGACUAUCACAGCGAGGCCAGGUAUUUCGGCAACGACCAAGGCGCUCCCGGCCUCGAAGAGCGCGAAAAUCGAGUCCACGGCUGCAAGGCGAGGAUGGUGCGAUUCGCGACUCCUGAAUCCCAACCGAGCCCCGGGAGUUCCUCGGUGGAGUCAGAACAAAGGAAUCCUGGGACGAAAAACGGGAAGGAGGAUUCCUCGAUGGAUGAGAGUAAUUACAUCACUGCCAAUUGCAAGGAGGAUGGGAAGGCCGUCAUACGCAUCGCCAAGGGGAGAGGCACUCGUGAGGAAGACUUCGCGUCUGAGACUUCGGACGACAAUCGGCUAUUUCAGAUGCUCCUCGAUGCUCUCCACAGAAAACAUGAAUCGUCGACGGUAAACGGAAUGGAGGUGAACGCGACGGCGUUAACGACGGACUUGGAAGUACCGGGGCAUUGGCUCCAGUACCCUCCUCCCUCAUCGCGGCAGUACUUCAUCUACGGGUUUCUCCUCUUCCUCGCCGGGUUAUUUGGCUUCGUCGGCAAUUCCGUCGUCAUUUGGAUCUUUCGCAAGUACGUUCACGUUCGCAAAGUCCACGUCACGUGA